CCCGAAGCUGCGCAGCGGUGCGUCUGUCGCUGCUCCACUAUUCCCCACAUUUCAGCCAUAACUAUGAUUAACAAGUUCUCAAUGCCUUCUCAUUCCUGGAUAUAUAAUUCUCCUCGAUUAGAUUUAGAUUAGUGCUUUAUUUUUAUUUGUAAGAUUUAUUUAUUUGUAGUUUUUAGGUGAGCAUGUGCGUAAUUUUGCGAGGAUUGCAGAGGUGCCACCGGGAGUGAGUUAGGCAAUAUGCGCCGCUGGGAUAUGAUUUUCAAUCGAGAGGCUUAUGGAAUAUAGCCUGGUUUGUCACAGCCUGUAUGCCUUCUGGUCUAGCCCCGUGAAGAAGAAACUAAUACUGCUCAGCAUCAUGUUUUUAAUCUGGGUAUACAUGCUGUACUCCUGCGUGGGCUACUGCUCCACCAUGCCAAGUUUGGUGGUGGACAGUUACCGGGGCAAGGAGACUGGUUCUGCGGUGGGCAAGAGGACAGAGAGCAGCAGGACGGACCUGGUGUCCAGACUGUUGGCCAAACCGCAACCAUGGGAGGAUAUAGAGACCGACUAUGAGGAGCCGUCCAUCAGGACUGCCGUGUCCAGAGACCUGCUCAAUAACGAGCUGGAGACAGACAGAGCCGAUGACUGGGACGAGAUGGGGGGCGAGCAGAAGAGAGCCCCGGAGCCCAGCGCCAUGUCCAGCUUCUCCAACGGCUCCGGGAGCAAAAAGCUGCCACAGGCGAUCAUCAUCGGGGUGAAGAAAGGAGGGACCCGGGCUCUGCUGGAGUUUCUCCGGGUUCAUCCGGACAUCAGAGCCGUAGGAGCGGAGCCGCACUUCUUCGACCGCAACUAUGAGAACGGACUGGAGUGGUACAGGGAGUUAAUGCCCAAAACCCUAGAGGGACAGAUCACCAUGGAGAAAACCCCCAGCUACUUUGUAACCAGGGAGGCUCCAGCCCGGAUCUCCGCCAUGUCCCGGGACACCAAGCUGAUCGUCGUAGUGAGGGACCCCGUCACCAGGGCUAUCUCAGACUACACACAGACACUGUCUAAGAAGCCUGACAUUCCCUCUUUCGAGAGCCUCACCUUCAAAAACAGGACUACGGGGCUCAUCGACACCUCAUGGAGCGCCAUCCAGAUCGGCAUCUACGCCAAGCACCUGGACAACUGGCUGCAGUACUUCCCCAUGGGCCAGAUCCUGUUUGUGAGCGGCGAGCGGCUAAUCAGUGACCCGGCCGGAGAGCUGGGCCGCGUGCAGGACUUCCUGGGACUCAAGAGGAUCAUCACAGACAAACACUUUUACUUCAACCAGACCAAGGGUUUCCCAUGCCUCAAGAAGGCAGAAGGCAGCAGCAAGCCCCACUGCCUGGGUAAAACCAAAGGGCGGACCCACCCGAACAUUAACCCUGAGGUGGUGCAGAGGCUACGGGACUUCUACAGACCCUUCAACAUGAAGUUCUACCAGAUGACGGGACAUAACUUUGGUUGGGAUUGAUGUGAAAAUCAUGGGAGACAUUUUUUUAAAUUUUUUUUUUCAUUUGUUGAAGUUAUUUUUUUCUCUGUAAUUCAAUGGCAAGAUGUGGAGAUAUUGCUAUAUAUAUGUAAAAUGUACAGAAAUCUAUUUUAUAAUAAUUUAUUUUUAUUUCUAAGCAAUUAAUUCACUAAGCUGCCUAACCAUAACUGUACAUAACAUCUGGCCCACAUGUUGUUUUUAACAUUCCUCAUUUUAAUUUUGAAUUCUCUCGCUCCUCCCUUGUGGUCCUGUAAACUCAGUGGAUUUAUAGCAUAGGUGCUUCAAAAUGGCAAUGACUGAUGAAGAAAUGAAGGUGGAAAAUCCUAGUAAAAAGCACCAUAUUACGGGUACAGAGUGCUCACAGAGAAGUGGAGAACAUCUAUUCAUGUGCAUCCUCAUUCAUACAUGCAUCAUAACUUCAUUCUUUCAAACCCUGUCAUUCUGAGAGUCAUUCUUCUAUAAGGUGUUUCACUAAAAUACAGACCCUCCAGUUACAUUUGGAAAUGCAGUUUUCCUACACUGGCAUUGGCCUAAGCAGCAGACCUCAUGUCCCUUUCCACUCAAUAACAGUUAGAUCAAUAGACCUAAUUGAUCCUCAUUGUGUCACUCAUGCUUAAAGUAUACAGCUGCCCUUUCAUUCUUGGUGCUCCUGCUGCCUGCUCUAAUGAAUGACCCAUCUAUCAAAUGUUAAAUCCUAUCCUGGAACGCACAAGGGCCCGUGUUAACAUUAUGCUAAUCGGGUAAAGGUAACUGGCAGAUCGAUGGAGCCUCCACUCUCUUACUCCCCAUUAGAAGCAGUGUUGGCUCAGAGCCAGGCUCUUGCCCUAUCCACUCAGUUCAAAGGUCACACAAAGUCUCAAUCAAAUUUCCUUGAGAGGCAUUUGAUUUGUUGAGGAGAGCAGAGCUGGAGCACCACGGGUCAGGGGGAGUGUACAGACUACCUUGUUUUCACAGUAAGCUGGAAAAUCUUUGCGUGAGGUAGCAGAGCCAUAUCUGUCAGAAAUGGAGCAUGAAGAUAGAAAAGAUGACAGACAAACAACAACUAGGCCUCGCCUCAAUGAAAUAGCGCUUCUUCAAAAAGAAGUCCGCCAGGCCCCGUCUUAAAUCCCAGACAAAAAAGAUCAAAGGAAGAGGAAAGGUUUUUGUGAAGCACUCUCAGCACAGCAAGAAAUGCCUCAGGCAGGGUUUCAGUGUCUAACCUCUCUCGUGUCAUCAGAAAAACCUCAUGUGCCAUCGUCCAUGGCCUAUAUACUUUAUGCCUUAUUCACCCUCGCCAUCCUCACACGUCUCAUCUUUCCUUGACAGAUUUCAACUCUCUUCUCGUUGCCAAAAAAAACUUGGGUUGAUAUCAUGUUUUAGUUUAAGUUGCUAUCUCUGCAUCCCCCCUCCCAUCCCCCCACAUUGCUUCUUUGUUUUUGCCUUUCUACUUCAAUUCUUGAUAUGCAAGAGGCAUAAAAUGCGCAGUUAUCAUUCUUUGAUGUGCAGCGCCAUCUCUUUGCAGUGGGUGGCACGCUAUUAUAAAGGCACAGGGACGCUGCCAUGCUAUGCUAAGAUGCUAAGUUAUGCUGUGCUACGCUAUGCAUGCUCAAUGUGGUAGCCAUUAUGAAAAUGCAGGGAUAAUGGGAAGGGAAUAUUAACGUCUAAAGGAGGGCUUCAUGUGUUUAAGACUGAAUGUACACAACCUUUCCUAACACAAGUCCCUCAAAUCAAUUUUAAAGGUCAGAUUGUCACAUAUUGUCAGUUCAAUUUGAUUGUUUUUUCCUUUUGAAGUAAAAAAAAUGAAAUGUUGUGCCUCUUUAACUAUCCAAUCCAACACAGUUAGCCUGCUCCUGUCAUUAAAACAGAUGAUGACCAGAAAUCACCUGUUUUUCUCUUAUUGUCCAGCAGAAGCCAGCUAUCUGGUUUAGCCUCAAACCAAUGGUCGGUAGCAAGGGAGAUGGAGGCUUGUUACACUGUAUUUUCGUUGUGCUAUCCUUUACUUUUAAUGUGUCUGUGCGAGUUGUGAGAAUUUAUGCGGAGAAAGCCUUCAUCCCCCUCUUCCCUCCUUAGUGCAAUGUUUGAUUAUUAAAAAAAAAGCAUUUAUGAUGGUCUCUCUUACCAAGCUGUCACAUUCUGGAAAGAAACUUUAUCUCCUGGCAUUUUCCCUGUAAGCAAUGGAGUACUGCAUUUGAAAUCUGGUCAGGUUCAUGUAACUGAGGGAAUAUCUGAAAAAAAUAAUUAAAAAAAUAAAACUUGCACUCAUGGGUUUACUCCAUGUUGCUGCAUUGGUUAUGGUUGAGUUUUAUUCAACCUGUUUUGAGAUCUAAAAAUGUUAGAAAUGUUUGUCUUACCCACAUAUAAUAUGUAUUUAGUCUAGCAGAUCUGUAUGUACAAAAAUGAAAAAGACAUGUAAAUCAAGUAUUUUGUGGUAUGUACAUCAAAGGAAUUAAUUUUACACAAUGCAAGAGAAAAAUGGAACAGAUGUUUCUAGAUGAUUAAAUACUGAACAUUCAUAAUAUUUCUUUGUAUGAAGAAAUAAAUAAAUAAGUAUAUAUUUUACCAAAA